GCGCAAUCGACAAAGGCCAUUCUCUACGUCAUUGCUACUGCCACCGCUGGAAUGGCUACCGCUAGAAUGGCUACCGCUAUAAUGGCUUCCGCUGUUAUGGCUACCGCCGGUGCUACUGAAGCUAUCGUUUGCGUCGCCGAACCGCGAAACUUGAACGUUGCCGGUGUCGAAAUCGAAUCUACAGACACAGAAAGUACCGUACGAACAAAGGAGAACUAA